CACAGCAGAACGGAAACUAUAGUUAUCAUAAACUCUGUGCUUAAUGCUCCGUUGAUACUAGUAUCCAUCGUAGGCAAUGCUCUGGUCUUGCUCGCCAUCUUCAGAACGCCUUCCAUACAAUCAACCUCAAUGAUUAUGCUGACAAGCCUUGCGUUUUCGGAUCUUCUCGUUGGUCUCCUAGCCCAACCACUUUUUAUUGCGGACGAAAUCACAAGCUUAACAACGCAAAACCCUAUAUUAUACCGUCUGUCAGCAAUGAUAGGGUUUUUUGUCGCUGGAGUGUCUCUUGGAACAAUAACAGCCAUCAGUGUGGACCGCGUUUUGGCGCUUCACUAUCACAUGCGGUACGCCAUCAUAGUGACCAACACACGAGUCAAAUACACCGUAGGAGCAAUCUGGUUAGUCAUGUUUCUGUCUUUGGGGUUUUACCUUUGGGACAAGUAUGUUUUUCACCUAAUGGCAGGUAUAUUUUCGGCUGUUUGCAUUAUCAUUUGCACAGCUUCUUACGCAAAAAUUUAUCGAAUUGUUCGAGUUCACCAGCAACAGAUAAACAUUCAGCAUAACGCUGUGGAAAAUGAAAACGAUGGAAACAAAAUGCAACUGUCACGGGUCAAGAAACGCGCAAUGAGUACGUUUAUAUUUUACAUUUGUAUGCUUCUUUGUUAUUUUCCCGGGUUUGUUUUACUGACUCUGUUCGGAACAUUGCACGUAGCAUGGAAACCCGAAUGGACAUUUUCCUCAACUUUAACGUUCAUGAACUCUGCCAUUAAUCCUUUUCUGUAUUGUUGGCGGCUCCGAGAACUUAGAGAAGCGAUUGUCAAAACAACGAAGCAGCUAUUUCACCGACCGAAUGAAAACUGAAGUAGGCGACGCAUAAAGCAUAUUAAGGAGCUUUUGACGACAGCGACGUCAACGAGAACGGCAAAACAGCAAUAGGUUUAGAUUUAAAAACGACAACUUUGCACGUGCAUCACGCUUUUUUGUUCAUUUCUUUGCCGUCGUUGCACGACUGCGACGUCAAAGUGCCUAAUUUUACGUUUUGAGAAGGAGGUGAACACAAGAGAUCCACUUUCUUUGCAUUUUCCUGGACUUCGAUGCUGUCCUUUAGAAUUCAACUCCGACUGAAAAAUUCGCCAACAUUUGACGAAUUCAAUUAUUCGCAACGACGACUUUUAGCGCAACACAGCAUUGCAAUGUUGGAACAAUGUUGUAACCAUUCGAAACAAUGUCGCACCAAUGUUGCAACAAUGUUGCAACUCUGUGUUGCGCUAAAACCGUCUCGUGUAACAUCACCUUAAAGGGACUGGUUCACGAUAAUGCGCAUGUGUGAGUUCUGACAGUAGCUGAUUGUUUUUCAACCAAUCGGAAGCGAGUUAGAUGCACGCAAGUAAAUUUACAAAAUUCGCGCGCAAUUUCGUAGCCGUCGCCGUCAUUGUUCCUUAAGGUCUCUAAUGAUGUAAAUUCAUAUAAAGUAUUUGGGACAGGAUAGUGUCAAAAAGGAUAUUUCGAAAGAAAUUCACCUUGCAUCCGGUUUUUAGCAGGAAAACUCUUUGCUUGUAUAGUAUGACGAUGAGUGAUGAUGCUAAGAAAUUCAGUGCUAUUACAUCAAAUUUAAUCCGGCUAUAGUCAGUGUCCUAAAAAAUCAAGAAGUCUACUUAGAGAACGGUAUGGAAGACAACCCAUGUUUGCUCUGGAUCUUAAACGUGCUUUAAUAUACAUUAGACUCAGCACGUCUUAAUGUCUGCUAAAGCGAGGAUAGAUUAUUUGCUUUAAUAAAAGGGUAAGGCUCUUGAGAAGUGCCAAUGUCAGCAGAACACGAUGCUGGUCCUUUUAAAAAACGAAUUUACACUAAACAAAAACGUGAAACGUGACCUGUAUUACUCUGAUACCGUGACUGCCUUUACUUAAUAUCACAUUUCUCAUAUUUGUAGAACUUGUCAGUUGGCAAUGUAUUAUAUCUGAUUUUGAAGUACGUGUCGUUAUCUGGCACCUCUACAGUCAAUAUUGGUACAUGUAACGGUAUUGAAUAUGAUGAUAUGAUUCUAUAUGAUAUGGUUCUAACUUUUGAGUCUGUGGAUGAACUCCUACGGUGUUACCAUUCAAAUGAAAGCUACUGAGCAGUACUUUCCUGGGGUACUGUUUAUUAUGCUGUACAAGGUGGUUCUAACUUUUGAGUCUGUGGAUGAAAUCCUAUGGUGUUACCGUUCAAAUGAAAGCUACUGAGCAGUACUUUCCUGUGGUACUGUUUAUUAUGCUGUCUAACUAUUCUCUAUGUGAACGAAAUCCAGUGGUGUGACCAUUCAAAUGAAACUUAUUCAUUAGUAUUUUCGCACGCUGCUGUUUGUUUUCGGCAUUUUCCAGAAUGAGAUUUUGACCUAUUGUGAUGAUACUAAACAAUGAAAUGUUGAAAACGAAUCUCGGGCAAGAACUCUCAUAGAAAGAUAUAAUUUAAAGGAGAUUGUACUUGUUUUAGUCAAGAGAGAUCUCAUUCUCUCUUGUUUUGGUACAACAGAUAACGGCCCUUUAACUGCUCUAAUGUCUGACCGAAGGAUCUCUACGGUUAAGAUGUAAAAAUGCACAGUUUGUCGUCAUUUGUUGUACCAUGUGAGCAGAUGUUUCUCUCUUGCCAGCUACGCGACAGAUAAGCGCCAGAUGCCAACGACUUCGUAAACGUUACAGUAAAUUACCAGUACUAAGAUUAGUCUUUGUGCACUCUUGUACGAAAGGUACUUUCUAAUGCGUCUAAUUAGUCGUCAAAGUACGCGACAGACAAGCGCCGGAUGCGAACGACUUCGUUAACGCUAAAAGCCAUGCAAAGGAGAACAAUCUGCUCGCAGGGUACGAGUUUUGAUAUAUAGUUUCUUUCUAGCGCGUUGAAUACGCCUCGGCAUAGUUUGUAUGGAAAGAAGAAAAAAAAAACUUCAAAAUUUGAAAGUUUUGUACUGUAUGCCAGAUAGACUUAAAUUACAACUCCUGCUUUAUGAAAAAAUGAUCUACUUAUAAUCAACUGGCAAUAUUCUCUCCAGUUCUUAAUGAAAAACAGUAAACCUAAUAAAACGAGUUAAAAGUAACGAGAAAGGAGAAGGGAAGCUAAACUCAAUUGCAGGGAAAUCAGGAACCUGAAUGAAUAAAAAAACUUGAGAAAUACGUUACUCCUUAUAUGGGUCGUGAUAAUUUUAAAAAGUUGUCUUUUCUGCAACUUGAGCUGAAAGGCCAUUUCGUUUUACUUUCGUCUAUUUUGAAUGAGGUUUUAAAUAGUGGUGUGCCGAUCAUCGAUUAUAAUCGAUCAUUGAUCGAAAAUCUUUAAGCGACGCGACAAUCGAUUAUGGAUGAUGACACUCGAUUAUAGCGGACAAAUGAAAAAAAUUAUUGAUGACAAAUAAAAACAUAAAAAAUACUGUGUGUUGCAUGCACAUUUUAAUGCACAUUUUGAUGGUUCUCUUAGAAAUUAUUCUAAAUUAGUAGCUGGCCGUAAAGAACAUUUUUAGAUCUACUUACUGCGAUCAGAAAGGUUACAAGGGGAGAUGAAAGCAAAACAAAUAUAAACAGCUUGCAAAGAUCGAAGUGAAACUCAAGUUGGUUCCCAGGGUCCACUCUUCGUUGUCUCGUUUUCAUGUUGUCCACAACAAAGACGACGGCUGAGUCUUUUUAUCAACAGAUUUUCCGAUUAUAAUCGAUGAUCAAUCGGUUGGGUCAAUCCGAUUAUUUCCGAUGAUCGAUGAUAAAAUCUCAGCCCAUCACUAGUUUUAAAAGACCUCAUUUAUAGUGAGUAUAAUAAAACACGGAUGAGUUUUUAGCUCCAUUUCUUAACGCAAAAUAAUCCAAAACUGAAAGGAAAUUAUAGGGAGACUUAUUGAGGCCACGACUACGCUCGCUGUUAGUGUUUUUAUCAACUGCAAAACACUCGUCUGUGUGUCGUGUUUUACUGUUAAUGAAUUAGUCCUACUACUUUUAACAUUUUCAAAUAUAUUUUUUUAAUUCACAAAGUGGGCUAAACAUCAGGAAAACCAGAUGCUGGAAUAAAACACGCGAGAAAGGGCACAAACAACCGCAGAAAAACAGAAAAAGACAAAGCAGAACGAUAAAAUGAAGUGAGACGAAACGAUCAAGUUCCACGCUCCGUUUAACGCACUUAGACGAUUUUCUACAAACAAAAGGCUUAUUUGAAGGACGGGAUCCGGGAAUUUAGCGUCAAAGGGAGGGGGGUGAGGAGGCGCGGAGGCGCGGAGGCGCGAUUCGGCAUUGAAAUUUUGAUCGAGGUACGGUUUUAGGAUGCGGAAAUCGGGGAAAGUCUUUUUAACGUUUCAUAGUUUGCCCACAGUUGGUUCGACCCUGUCUCAUGACCUUUUUGGCCAUAACAAGUAUUUAUCCCAAUAUUUGCCACUGGUGCUCCGAAGAUGAGGGAGUCUUGAUCCUCUGCGAGGCACUUUUGGUACCGAAAUAAGCUGAUAAGAACUCAUCGUCGGGAUUACGGGUCGAGACGGGGAUCAGGGGAAAUAUCGGUGGCAAGUGCAUAAAUAAAACAAGCAAAACAGAACAGGACGCAAAAGAGCGCAAAUAUUUUGUUUUUGUUUGAUUUUCUUCACAGUGAAAAACAUUUCCUUAGCGUUAAACGCAUCAUAACGCAAAGUCAAAAUACGAACUUGUUUGAAUUAAGCAUACAUGGCUUGUGACAGCCAAGAGUUCAUAGCGACGUUGCUUUUCGAUCCUUCGAUGUCGGUUCCUCCUAUUGCGAAGCAGAAUAAAUGGCCUAGUUUCAGACUUACCAAGUCUCACGACUUUGUCACGAGUAACGACCUAUCUUAAAUUCUCCGAGUUGACAACUAAUCUCUCACGCUUUCAAGAAAGUGGAUUAGGAAUCUGUUUUAAAGCAAGGCCACAUCUGAGUUUACAUAUACACUGUCUUAUGUAUAUUCAGGGUAUACGAUAAAGUAGUGAAUACUUCGCCUACUUUAUCAACCUUAUUCACAAUUAUGUGUCCUGAGUUGUGUAAAUAGUUAUUUAAUCCUACUUAGCAACUUUCAUUUGUCUAGAUAUGGUAACAAUGGUUUUGACACUAAAAAAGUGAUUUAAAAGUUCAUUUGAUUUUUUUACCUUCUUUGGUUUUGGUUUUGAUUUGUUCUGUCUGCUAGUGGUUUUUUUUCCAUUAUGCUACCAAUUAAAAAUUUGCAUCUUUCUUUAAUUUUAAAUUGCAGCUCUUUUAGUGAAACAAAUUUAAAAACCGCGUCAUCGGGGUUAGUUUCGAGACGUAGAAAUGACUGUUUAUUUCUUUACUUUGCUAUUGUCAUAAAAUCGUGUCUGCAUGAAGAACUGCGACGUGAAGUCAUCAGUUUAACGUCACCUGACUUGAGAAACAGUGUGGUUAGCUGUAUACAAUCAGUACAAUGUCGCAGUUCAUGAUACAAGCGCGAUUUUUUGACAACAGCCGAGUGAUGAAGGAAACAAAGACUCCGCUAUUUAUAUGGAAGUAUCGAAACUAGUGGUUCAACUUGCAAUUUGCAUGAAUAUGUAGGAUCUGAGAAAAUUAAUUAUAACCGCAGGUGUUGAAACAAAGUUAUCCCAGGCAGAACUGAAAUAGUUAUUUGAUCGAAAAGCGAAAUUGACAAUUGGUAUAAUAAUUUCUAGGCAGACAGGAUGCAUUUUAAACCGAGCUUUCAUCCCGUUAAUAAGUUCCCACACCAUAUCACGAGUGGUUUAUAAGUGGGGCCACAAACGCAAAGGUGUAUACAAAUCGUUAACGAUCUUUUAAGGAGAGACAUCAUGAAUUUGAGUGAUAAAGGAAGAAACAAUUCGGAUCACAGCAGAACGGAAAUUAUAGUUAUCACAAACUCUGUGCUUAAUGCUCCGUUGAUAAUAAUAUCCAUCGUAGGCAAUGCUCUGGUCUUGCUCGCCAUCUUCAGAACGCCCUCCAUACACUCAACCUCAAUGAUCAUGCUGGCAAGCCUUGCGUUUUCGGAUCUUCUCGUUGGUCUCCUAGCCCAACCACUUUUUAUUGCGGACGAAAUCACAAGCUUAACAACGCAAAACCCUAUAUUAUACCGUCUAUCAGCAAUGAUAGGCUUUUUUGUCGUUGGAGUGUCUAUUGGAACAAUAACAGCUAUCAGUGUGGAUCGCGUUUUGGCUCUUCACUAUCACAUGCGAUACGCCAUCAUAGUGACCAACACACGAGUCAAAUACACCGUAGGAGCAAUCUGGUUAGUCAUGUUCCUGUCUUUGGGGUUUUACCUUUGCGACAAGUAUGUUUUUCACCUAAUAGCAGGUGUAUUUUCGGCUGUUUGCAUUAUCAUUUGCACAGUUUCUUACGCAAAAAUUUAUCGAAUUGUUCGCGUUCACCAGCAACAGAUAAACAUUCAGCAUAACGCUGUGGAAAAUGAAAACGAUGGAAACAAAAUGCAACUGUCACGGGUCAAGAAAAGCGCAAUGAGUACGUUUGUAUUUUACAUUUGUAUGCUUCUUUGUUAUUUUCCUGGGUUUGUUUUACUGACUCUGUUCGGAACAUUGCACGUAGCAUGGAAACCCGAAUGGACAUUUUCCUCAACUUUAACGUUCAUGAACUCUGCCAUUAAUCCUUUUCUGUAUUGUUGGCGGCUCCGACAACUUAGAGAAGCGAUUGUCAAAACAACGAAGCAGCUAUUUCACCGACCGAAUGAAAACUGA